AUGGCCGACUCCCACCCUCCCUCGCGCUCCAAUACGCCCACACUGGUGCCCCCGAUGCGGCGGCCGCUCGAGGGAGACAAUGCGCCCGCCGUGUCGUCUCCGCUCAACCCCAAUCCCGAUGCAGCGGCGCGUCCCAGGCCAAAGGCGCCGGCGCGCGAGCAAAGAGAGAAGCGCGAGACAAUCAAGAAGCGUGAGGCUUCGGCUUCGGCGCGCCAGAGCACCCCGAAUGCCAACACCAGCACCAAGUCGAAGCCAGAGCGCCCUGCAGCCGACUCGCCCAUGAGGUAUUCCAUUCCCGAGCCCAGGCCGUCCGACUACGAAGCCCCCAAGGACAGCACUCUGGUUUCGCACGAGCCAAACCCCAUGUAUGCGCCUGACGGCGUUACCGAACUCAAGAAGCCCCACGACAUUGCCUGGAAUAAGAGGGGCUACAAGUACACGCACUGCGUUGCCGAUCCGCUGUUUCGUCACAAGCAGUACUACCGCCAGAGCGACUCGAGACCGUAUGGCCCGAGAAUGAGCCACGAGGACUGCGAUAGGUGGUUCCACUUUGACAACAGCGCGACCAUUGUAUCCCAAGAAAAGGGCUGGCGCAUGGGCAGAGGCAAUGUGGCUGCAAGAGAAGGCAGGAUGUACUACGAGGUCAAGGUCCUGCGCGGGAUCCCUGCAGAUGGCCCCAAAGACCCAAUUGAUCCCAAGACUGGCGAGACCAGGCCUGGCCCGCACGUACGCAUGGGUUGGGCAAGGCGAGAAGCGCCUCUCGACGGGCCUGUUGGUUUCGAUGGCUACAGCUACGGCAUCACGGACGCCCGCUUCGAGGCCCAGCACCGAUCGCGCGCUUCCAAGAUAUUCAAGCCACUGCCAAAGAAUGCCAAGAGCAAGCACAUGAAGGCCAGGCCACCGCAUGGCAAGCCGAUGCCGGUCGAGUAUGUUGUAGAUCAGCAUGUCCAAGAGGGCGAUGUCAUUGGCCUGGAAAUUCAACUGCCGUCCAUGUCCAUGCACCGCAAGGUCGUCGAGGGCAUAUACAACCCGGCCGUAGAUCUGGGAGAUGGCUUCGAUACCGUCAGCAACCAAGAUCCAUUCGACCGGCCUAUCGACAUCAUCCGCGAUCGUAUACCCGUGCCGUACAAAGGCAACUUUUACUUUGAGCAGCUCGACUAUCAAGUCACCAAGAUGGUCGAGGCUUACCACGACCGUGGACCCGUGCCAAAGAUACAUCCUUCGCCAAACCAUGAAGAUGUCAGCGUACGAUCGCUACCACAUUCGCACAUCAAAGUCUACAAGAACGGGGAGGAAGUCGGCAUCGCAUUUGAGAAUCUCUUGGCUUUCCUUCCACCAGCAAGUAUGCCCUCGGUCGAGGCAGUCAAGGCUGGUGCGCGCCCGGGUUUCGACGAUGGCAUGGUCGGCUACUUUCCCGCUAUUGCGCUCUUCAAUGGUGGUGUUGCUCAGGUCAACUUUGGGCCGGAUUUCUGGUGCCCGCCUGAGGAGAUAGUCAAGCAGCGUGAGGAGGACACGCAGAUGGCUGACGGAGAUGCAACGGAGAAACAUGUCCCAGAAGGCCGUAAACUGCGUGCUAUUGGCGAGCGCUACAAGGAGCAGAUUGCCGAGGACAUUGUCUGGGAUAUCAUCGAUGAGGUCGACUUCUUCACGCAAGACGGCGGAUGGGACUACAAGGGCGAGGCGCCUCAGGAUGUGACGGGCAAGUCUACACCCAGGGCGCGUGGCUUUGCGAAUCCCGACGAAAAUCUCGGUGUCGAGGUUGGCAAACGGUACUAACAGGAUGGUGAUGACAAAGAGCGGAAUUAGCAGCAAAAGUGAUGUUAGCAAGGC